AUGAAUGAUUUAAGAACAACCGCAAGAGUUCCAUUGAAAAGUCGUUUUGUAGGUGCAGUAACAACGCAACCAACCAACUCACUUAAUGCGACAUUAAAACCUAUUAAAUGUCUGACAGUGAAAUUAAUUACAUCAUACAAUAAAAAUUAUCGCAACAAGUUCACAGGUUUGGAAAUGAGAUAA